AUGAACAGCAACAACGCAGAAGCACUUUUGGAAGAAGAAAAUUUGGCGAGGAGGAAAGUUGUCGAAGCUGCGCAUGCCGUGACUUCAGCAGAGGAUCACUUGGAAAACCUCAAGUUGUUGAAGAAAAAGCGCAGGGCAGGUGCUACUAAAUUCGCAUUUGAGAAGGCAGAGGAAGCGCACGCCAAGGCAUUGAAAGAGCAUGAAGAGCUAGUUCAAAUUCACGCACUCAAGGAGGCAGCUUUAGUGAUGGCCCAACAAGUCCCAGUCAUUGCGCCUGGCGCUCAAAUUGUCUCUGAUCCACCUGCUCUGAACACAGCAAACAACGCUUCAUCCACCAUCCCACUCCCACCUGCUUCCGUUCAUGUCCCUUGCUCCAUGUUUCCAUCGUCACAGGGAAAUAUGGACACUUCUCCAUCUUUCGACGCCUCUAUACCUCCUAUUUCCCCCGAUGCCAUGAACAUUGAUACCCACGAAGUCCCACCACCUGCUUUGGCUUCUGGACCUGUGAUUCCCGAGUCUGUUGCACCUAUGGGAAUGAGCGACGUCAACAUGCACCAGGAUACUGGGAAUGAAGUCUCACUGGAUCUCGAGCGAGAGUUCCGCAAACUUCUGGAGCUUUCAGAGAAGCAGCUGAUGAACGAUCCCUCGGGCGUCUACAGGGAAUACAUAUCUGUUUUAGAUGGAUACGAGGCGACUGCAGCUUCUCAUCGGUCUGAAUUACACCGUCUAGAGGGUCUUCUAAAUGAUUGGGGGAUGGGGAAAGGAAUUCCCGCAACUUAUGAUAAGCUUUCUGCUGACCGAAUGUUAAAGGAGGCCACGCACUCAAUGGGCGAAGCUCGUGAUAAGUUGGAGCAAGCGGAGAAGCAGUACAAGGAGUUCUUGAACAGUGUUCAGGUGGAUUGUCGGUCGUCAGCCCUUAGAGAGGUCUUGCAACUCACUCAAGAUCAAAUGACGACGAAGGGGGUGGGGGUAGUAGAAGCUGGUAAAUGGAAGGGGCUGUUUCACUUGGCAGAGGAUGAGUUGAGGGAAGUCGACGAGCAGGCGUUAUUUGCAUUUCGACUCGGAGUAUCGAACGUGGAGCCACCACCGAAGAAGAAGAUGAAGGGUACACAGAAGGCAAAGAAGGGGAAGGGUGAGAAGGUCGGUAAGGUGGAUAAUGGUGAUAAGAAACCAACAGAGGCUCUUGCCGUACGAGAACAAUGGAUUGAAAUGUCGCCUGAGGAACAGGCGAAGUUGCAAGAUGCUGCUGAGGCCGCAAUUGAUCGCUAUCUCACCAGUGGGACUGCCAUCGAACCAUCCCUAAAGCGCAAGAUCCGUGAGAUUGUUGACCUUGCGCCUCGAGCUGGCACCACCAGUCGAGAACUAAGCCUCUACAUCCUUGAGCGUACGUAUCAAAUUUGCCGUCACCACGGGCGCUACCGCACAGAGGAUAGCUUCGCCAAGCAUGACACAGUUAUAUCGAUCGAGGGGGUUGGAUACAGGAAGGAUUAUACGUGUCGUGCUGCAGAGGGCCAUUUGGAUUGUGGAUGCAGUAUCGAACUUGCGCUCUUCGAUUUUUUUUGGUUCAAAACAUGGUCUGUGGGAUUGUCACACCCCAACGUGACCAUCCGCGAGGAUCUGAAGUGUGAUACCAUCCCCCCUCGUUUGCGCAGCUUCUUUGCUGAGGCAUACAAGUUCAUUGGCAUGGUGACACUAGAUGACCUCUUCGCCUUGAAAUGGGGUACAGAGGGAUGCCAUAAUCGUUUAAGGUUAUUACAGAUUGCACGGAUGACUGAAUAUUUGCAACUACAAGGUGUUUCCGUUCCAGGAUUUCUGGGAGAGCAGGAAUAUGAGGUGGAUGCAGGGGUUGUAGCGUAG